GUCGUUCUUCACCCCCCCAAAUCUGUGCUGCAUCACUAGCUCUCAUUAUGCUGUGCUCAGUAGCCCAGUGCGUUCUCCGCCUCUGCUAGGCAGUGGCAGCAUGGAUGGUGCUCUUGUGACGACCUCUGCUGAUGCUAUCAGUCCACUGCGGAUAGGCAUGCUGAGUAAUCCUGCUGUAAAUGGGCGAGGACACGGACACACGAAAAAUUAACCACAGCUUUCUUCGAGACCACAACUAUGUGACUGAAGAUAUCAUCUGCUGGCUGCAGAGGGGGUGGAUUCAACUUCCUUCUGGAGCCUGAGCUUAUCACUUGAGGAAGAUCUUGCUUUCUGCUGCAUCCCAAAGGCAACAUGGAAGGGGAGAGCAUCUAUGAGGUUGAUUCUGGAGAUGGACUAGGAGCUGAUAUUAUUUCUACAGUUGAGUUCAACCACACUGGAGAACUGCUGGCUACUGGUGACAAGGGAGGUCGGGUUGUUAUAUUCCAAAGGGAACCUGAGAGUAAAAAUGAGCCUUACAAUCAGGGGGAGUACAAUGUUUACAGCACUUUCCAGAGCCAUGAACCUGAAUUUGAUUAUUUGAAGAGCUUGGAGAUUGAAGAAAAAAUAAACAAGAUCAAGUGGUUACCACAGCAAAAUGCAGCUCACUCACUUUUAUCAACAAAUGAUAAAACAAUCAAGUUAUGGAAAAUUACUGAAAGAGAUAAGAGACCAGAGGGGUACAACUUAAAAGAUGAAGAAGGGAAACUUAAAGAUCUUUCUACAGUAACAUCACUGCAGGUGCCUGUACUGAAACCUAUGGAUUUGAUGGUAGAAGUCACUCCCCGGAGAAUCUUUGCUAAUGGUCAUACCUAUCACGUCAACUCAAUAUCUGUCAACAGUGACUGUGAGACAUACAUGUCAGCAGAUGAUCUCAGGAUUAACCUCUGGCAUUUAGCAAUCACAGAUAGGAGCUUCAACAUUGUAGAUAUAAAGCCAGCCAAUAUGGAGGACCUGACAGAAGUGAUUACAGCCUCUGAGUUUCAUCCCCAUCACUGCAAUCUCUUUGUCUACAGCAGCAGCAAAGGAUCCCUGAGACUCUGUGACAUGAGGGCAUCAGCUCUCUGUGACAAACAUUCCAAGCUUUAUGAAGAGCCAGAAGACCCCAGUAACAGAUCAUUUUUUUCAGAAAUUAUCUCUUCAGUGUCAGAUGUCAAAUUCAGUCACAGCGGCAGGUAUAUGCUAACAAGGGAUUACCUCACUGUCAAGGUUUGGGAUCUGAACAUGGAAACUAAGCCUGUAGAAACAUACCAGGUCCAUGAUUACCUUAGGAGCAAGUUGUGUUCCCUCUAUGAAAAUGACUGCAUCUUUGACAAGUUUGAAUGUGCAUGGAAUGGAUCAGACAGUGUGAUAAUGACAGGUGCGUACAACAACUUCUUCCGGAUGUUUGAUCGGAACACCAAGCGGGACGUGACCUUGGAGGCCUCGCGGGAGAGCAGCAAGCCGCGAGCUAUUCUUAAGCCCCGGAGAGUCUGCGUCGGGGGCAAGCGGAGGAAAGAUGACAUCAGCGUUGACAGUUUGGACUUUACCAAGAAGAUCUUGCACACAGCGUGGCACCCGACCGAGAACAUCAUUGCUAUAGCAGCGACAAACAAUCUGUACAUAUUUCAGGAUAAAGUGAACUCAGAAAUGCACUAGUUAUCAAUAGCCCUCUCUCUUUACAGACCAGCCUCUUGAGAGUUGUAGGAGGAUGUGAUCUUCACAAAAAUUGUGGGCUUCUGUGGUGGGAUUUGUAGGUUGCAUCCUUUCAUCCCUCAGCCUGUAUCAUUACUGGUGGCAAGCCAACUAUUUUCCAUCACUGCAACUGUAUGAGUAAAAGGCACGACUGCAAAUCCA